GGCAUUCAUCGCCUGCAUUGAUGCCACGUCACGUGUCCGGGCCCACGGGUCCCACUACCUUAUGAGCAUUUAUGCUUCAGCUCCGUUAUCUCUCCGCCGCCGCAGCGUCGUCCCCUCGAAAAAGUAAAGCGACCGUCUCGCCAGCCCUUCGUUUCUUUCCUUAACUCCUGCAACUCGUACUCUGCAACUCUUUUCCCUCUCUAUCUCUCACUCACUCACUCACAUUAAGGACUCUAUGGCCCGAAAGACCUAAAUAAACCUUGUGGAGAUAGUUCUGUAAUGUCGUGAGUAGUUAUGGGAAGAAAGAGCAGAAGCUCAUGGCUGACGGCGGUCAAAAGAGCCUUCAGGUCUCCCACAAAAGACUCAGAGAAAAAGUCUGCGCAUGAAGAGAACGACACUAGCAAGAAGAAGGAGAAGAGGAGAUGGUUAUUUCUCAAGUCUUCGAGCAACGGUCAGCAACAGCAACCAGUUAAUAUAAAUCAGCCGCCUGCGGUGGUGGUAACUCAGGAGCAGAGGCGCGACAUGGCUUUAGCCGCCGCAACUUCUGCGGCUGCCGAGGCCGCUCAAGCCGCCGUGGAGGUGGUCCGGUUAUCCAGACCAUCGGAUUGCUUCGCGAGGGAGCAUUACUUCGCCAUUGUUAUCCAAACGGCCUUUCGUGGCUACCUUGCAAGGAGGGCUCUUCGGGCGUUGAAGGGGCUGGUAAAGCUUCAAGCUUUGGUUAGAGGGCACAAUGUUCGGAAGCAAGCUAACAUGACUCUUAGAUGUAUGCAAGCGUUAUUGAGAGUUCAGGCGCGAGUUAGGGAUCAGCGCAUGCGGUUGUCUCAAUCACAUGACGCCGCUCAUUGCAGUAGCUACAAGUCUUCGCUAAGCUGCGACACCAAUAUCGGAGACUUGAGAUAUCUUCAGAACUUCGUCGAGAGGAGAUCUAUAAACUCGAGAGAAGGAAGAAUAUACGCCGAAAACUGCGACGACCAUCUCCAUACCAUAGAGGAUAUCCAGGCGACGCCGAAGAUUAGGAAAGAAGAUGGAUUGAGAAGAGAGAAGAUUUGGAGAUCAGAUAUCAGUCUCUCUCCAUCGGUGGAUAACAUUGAGCCAGAAACAACGCCAUCGAGGUGGCUGGAAGGGUGGAUUGCCUCACGAACAUCCUUCGACAACCGAAGCAGCAGCUGGGGAAGAGGAUCCACUGACCACCGCGACCCAAUCAAGACACUUGAAAUCGACACUGCUCGGCCAUUCUCCUACACUGCAUACCGCCGGCAUUCUCCGGGUGCGCCUCCUAUCAAAACUCAACCCCACCACUCUCCUGCAACUCCAUCACCAUUAAAGGCGCCGCCUUUACAAGUUCGCUCCGCGAGCCCUCGCUACGCCCACACACCAAGCUUAUCAGCGGCCCGUGCUGUGCCGAACUAUAUGGUGGCGACGGAGUCUGCGAAAGCGCGGCUGAGAUCUCAGAGCGCUCCCAGGCAGAGAUUGGCAACGCCGGAGAGGGAGAGGGAGAGGGUGGGAUCAGUGAAGAAGAGACUGUCGUAUCAGGUGCCGGAAGUUUACUGCGGGAAUAGUUUAAGAAGCCCGAGCUUCAAGAGCGCAAUGGCGGGGCCUGGAUCGGAGCAAAGUUCGAAUUUUCUAUCGAUGUAUACAGAGAGCGAGGUAUCGCCGUCUUCGACGACGGAUCUCCGGCGGUGGAUGCGGUGAUGAAAAAAUGGAUUUUUCUGAUUUGAUUUGUUGCUUUUUUAUUUGGUAUUGUUGUAUGGUGUUGGAUUGUCUGUUUGUUCGCUCUGCUUUUAGGGAUCUUUCGGUGACUAACUAAUGGGGCGACAGUGGUUGUUGGUGGUGGCUUGUUUCAUUUUGGAUUUCUGAUUAAAUUGUGCUGAAUGAAUGAAUGAAUCAUGUGCAACUUUCUUUUCUUUGUUUUUCAGUGGAAAGUGGAGUCAGGACUUACUAUUAUAAAUAAUUUGUUUGAAUUUUGAUCACUGUUCCAGUUGCU